AUGGGACCUAACAAUACUGUAGAUCAAGAUACAGGAUCUCUGAAGACUGUCGGUUUUACUGGCCAACUCAGAGGUUGGUGGGAUAAUUAUAUGAGUAUUGAGAAACAACCAGCGGUGAUAAAUGCUAUUGCUGAUAAUAAAGGUGUUGAUAACUUGGGCAUGUCUCUACUAAAAAAUAGAGAAGAAGCUGUUUAUACUUUAGUCUUAACCAUUUUAGAACAUUUUAAUGGUAGACUUACUAAUCAGUAUGAGACUGUUCGUACCCUGUUAAAUGGUCUACGCUGUAGAACCUUAGGAGAAUUUAGAUCGUAUAAAGAUACUUAUAUGAGUAGGGUGAUGGAAUUUUCCGUAAACAAUUAUGAGCAUUGGAAAGCUAAGUUUAUAGAUGGCCUUCCCCCUUUGUUUGCCGAAAGAGUUAGAAAAACUCUGAGGAAUGAUCGUGGUGAAAUUCCUUAUAAGGAUUAUACUUAUGAUUCUGAAGAAGAAGUUGAUUUACUCUAUAUAUCUGAUAGUAAUCAGCAUGAUAAAAUGAAUAUUUGCAAUUCUUGUCAGGGUGAUAUUUGUUCUUGUGAAAAUGAUGAAUUUUAUAAACUACAAUCUCAAUUUCAAGAUUUAAAUAUAAAUACUAUCACUUCUGAUAAUGUGAUAGAGCUUUUAAAGGAGGUCACUGAUAAUGAUCUUCGAGAAAAAAUUAUUCAUUUGGCUUCAAAUAAUGCUAGUUCAAGUUCUUCAAAAAAUUCAGAAAAACAAAAGAAUGAUGUUGAAUCUGAAUAUGCUGCACCUUAUUCAUUGUCUGAAAUUAAUAACAGACUUAAUAAACAAACUACUCCUACAAGAGAUUCUUCCUUUGAUGAUUUGAAAAAUGAGAUUAAAUCUCUUAAACGAGAUCAAAUGAUUUGUGAUCAUAAACUUACUCAUAGAAACUGUUAA